GAUGGAGCCCGCCGUGUCCCUGGCCGUGUGCGCGCUGCUCUUUCUGCUGUGGAUCCGCGUGAAGGGGCUGGAGUUCGUGCUCAUCCACCAGCGCUGGGUGUUCGUGUGCCUCUUCCUGCUGCCGCUCUCGCUCAUCUUCGACAUCUACUACUACGUGCGCGCCCGCGUGGUGUUCCGCCUCAGCAGCGCGCCGCGGCUGCACGAGCAGCGGGUGCGGGACAUCCAGAAGCAGGUGCGAGAAUGGAAGGAGCAAGGCAGCAAGACGUUCAUGUGCACGGGACGCCCUGGCUGGCUCACCGUCUCGCUGCGGGUUGGGAAGUACAAGAAGACGCACAAAAACAUCAUGAUCAACCUGAUGGACAUUCUGGAGGUGGACACCAAGAAGCAGAUUGUCCGUGUGGAGCCCUUGGUAACUAUGGGUCAGGUGACCGCCCUGCUGACCUCCAUUGGCUGGACUCUGCCUGUGUUGCCUGAGCUUGAUGACCUCACUGUAGGGGGCUUGAUCAUGGGCACCGGCAUCGAGUCGUCAUCCCACAAGUACGGCCUGUUCCAGCACAUCUGCACAGCCUACGAGCUGAUCCUGGCUGACGGCAGCUUCGUGCGGUGCACUCCGUCUGAAAACUCAGAUCUGUUCUACGCUGUGCCCUGGUCCUGUGGCACGCUGGGCUUCCUGGUGACCGCCGAGAUCCGCAUCAUCCCCGCCAAGAAGUAUGUCAAGCUGCGAUUCCAGCCAGUCCGGGGCCUGGAGAACAUCUGUGACCGGUUCUCCCAGGAGUCCCAGCGGCUGGAGAACCACUUCGUGGAAGGGCUGCUCUACUCCCUGGACGAGGCAGUCAUCAUGACGGGUGUCAUGACAGAUGAAGCGGAGCCCAGCAAGCUGAAUAGCAUCGGCAGUUACUACAAACCCUGGUUCUUCAAGCACGUGGAGAACUACCUGAAGACCAACCAGGAGGGCCUGGAGUACAUUCCCCUCAGGCACUACUACCACCGCCACACGCGCAGCAUCUUCUGGGAGCUCCAGGACAUCAUCCCCUUUGGCAACAACCCCAUUUUUCGCUACCUCUUUGGCUGGAUGGUCCCUCCCAAGAUCUCCCUCCUCAAGCUGACCCAGGGCGAGACCCUGCGCAAGCUGUACGAGCAGCACCACGUGGUGCAGGACAUGCUGGUGCCCAUGAAGUGUAUGCAGCAGGCCCUGCUCACCUUCCACAACGACAUCCAUGUCUACCCCAUCUGGCUGUGCCCAUUCAUCCUGCCCAGCCAGCCGGGCCUGGUGCACCCCAAGGGGGAUGAGGCAGAGGUCUACAUCGACAUUGGGGCCUACGGGGAGCCUCGAGUGAAGCACUUCGAAGCCAGGUCCUGCAUGAGGCAGUUGGAGAAGUUUGUGCGGAGCGUGCAUGGAUUCCAGAUGCUUUAUGCCGACUGCUACAUGAACCGGGAGGAGUUCUGGGAGAUGUUUGACGGCUCCCUCUACCACAAGCUUCGGGACCAGCUCAACUGCCAGGACGCCUUCCCCGAGGUCUACGAUAAGAUCUGCAAGUCCGCCAGGCACUGAGCCGCAGCCCCCUCAGGAAGGCGACGUGUGGGCGGGUCCAGUCCCCCAGAACCUGCUCAGCUGCUCUCCGACAGACAGAAGCCCCUCCGACAUCCCCACCCACGUGGUCCCAGGGAUUCCUCCCUGCUCCUGGGGGGCAGCCUUGUGAAGGGAAAGAACCUGGGAUCCGAAAUCAGACAGGCAUGCCUCCAGCUCCCAGGUUUAGCCACUCAUGAGCUCACCCACUCUGGGCAAGUCACUUAACCCCUCUGAGCCCAUUCAUUUGCCCAAAGGGGAUAAUAACGCCUACCCAGCUCAUUGUA